UCACAGGUGACGACCAAAAAGGAUAAGAGAGAGAGAGAUGACAUGAUUCGCUGCGACCUCCUCUCUUCCCCGCCGCCUCCACUCCCUUCCUCGAAUCCAAAUCCAAGCUCUCUCCACCGGAACCCUACCCUUGUCCUUUGCCCUAAACUUUCGUCUCCGCUUUCCCGUUGUGGCGCUCGCAGAAGCUCGUCCUUUUGCCGGGUUACUGGGGGCGACGGCGGUGGCAGUUCCUCUGGGGACGAGAACGCGGAGCCCAUCCGUGCUGGAAGAUUCAAGUUCCGAGAUGGCAGCAGAAGAGGUGGAGACCAAGAUGAGGGAAACCCAUGGAGGAGCAAAAAGAGGCGGUGGUGGUCUGACGACUCUCAGAUUGAUGUUGAUGAGGACUUCGAAGACUUUGAUGAUGACCCUACGGAUCCCUGGGAUAUGAUUUGGAUCUUUAAGGUGUUCAAAUCUUAUGGCUAUUUUCUACCAGCUAUUAUAGUUUCGAUGCUUCUUACAACCGGUCCAAAAGCCUUCUUGUUGGCCUUGGCAUUACCUCUUGGCCAAUCGGCAAUCUCUCUAGCAAUUGACAAGGUGUGGGGGAAGGCAGAAGAUGGUCCACGAACCAAGACUAAGGCCAGGAAGAGAGAAUUCACAAGGUCGAAUUGGGGGUUUGGAAGGCGAUGGCAGGAUCAAGGUAGUGAGGAUGAGGAAGGAAAUAAUGGUUAUCAGUCAUGGGUGUCAACAGAUACUGGUGUUACUGGAGCAACAACCUCUGGAACUAGUUUAGGGGGAUGGGAUGAACUAGAUAUACAUGGCAGAGGCAACACUAAUGGCUAUGCGAGACGCCAAAGAGAAGGACCAUCAAAAAAAGAUUUAUCCCAGUUUAAGCCCACUAGAAAGGGGAAGUUGUCCAAGAGGGGAAGGUACAAGGACGAGCCUCUGUUGUUAAGACUGUUGAUUGCAAUUUUCCCAUUCUUGGCAUCUUGGACCAGGAUAUUGUGAUAAAUUGAACAGUUUAUACGUUGUGAUAUCGUUUCAAACUGUUCAUUCCUCAUUGAUGAACAUAGAGAGCACGAUAUCUCUUCUGAAGUACUUACUGGCCAACCAACUCAACAAAUUGUUUGUCUCACCUUCUGUUGAAAUCCUUUAACACAUGACCUCCCUUUGGCACCUUGUAUUGUCCUGGCAUGUGUUUGGCAAAACUCGGUCUCAAUGUAAAUAAAACCCCAUUUCAUGAAUAUUUUCAUAGCUUGUGGCUAUACCUUGGUCCACUUGGUAUAGUAUCGUAGGUAAAGUUAAUUCUCAACGGGUGUAAAAUAUCUAGUUGGAUAUUUGACCUCUCUCAUGUAAAGGGUCGUUAUACUAGAGCAAAAUGUUUCUCAUAAUUUAUCUGUCUGUAUCUAAUCAGGAGGCCGAUGAUACUGGACUGCUUGAGAUGAUU